CUCACGAACAUAUAAACCGUCUCUCACUUCAGUCGCUCAUAAUAUCCCACCUCUCACACAGAGAGAUGCGCUGACAAAUAAAGAUCACCAGCCAGACCAGAUGACAAAUGACACGCAAAUCAGUGCACACACGAACCACACAGAUGGAAAAAAUGAUAUCAGACGAUCACAGCUAGAUGAUAUCAGAUGAGUCCUCGUUUCCCAUCGGCCAACGUCACCACCCCACCCUCCACCCUCUCGCGCACCGAGGGGCCACGAAGCGGCUGCCGGUGUCGGGCCACUCUCUCCUCUAUAGCAGAGGGGCAGCGCACACGCGAGAGCUCCUCCUCGAUCAGCCGCAUCUGAGCGGGGGUCAUGUCGGCAUACUCGGCCAGCGAGCUGCCCGUGCCGGUGAGGCUCCUGACGUCUCUCGCAUAGUCGACCAGUUGUUUGCGGAAGGCGUCGACGUGGCUGAGGACGCUCUCGAUGUACUCAGUCUUGACACUGACCACCGACACAUCCCUCUGCACACAUAGAGAGAAAAGGGGAGAGAUGAGUUCACUUAGCCACAGGUGACUGUGUGCUGUGCCUUUGUGUUCUUCCUCUGAUCUCACCUGUGUGGCGCGCUGGUCGCACAGCCGUGUGAAGAGGGCAUGCAGGCCCGCCCUCUGGGUGAUCUCCUGCACGAUGGCCUUCCGCCACUCCUCGCGACUCAGGAGUGCCUUGAUGCCCAUAAGCCGCUUGCACAUUGGGGCGGCUGUGCAGCCGAGCAGCUCAGUCAUCCUCUCUUCCCCACCGCCCCAAACAGCUGGCCUGCAGCGUCUCUCAGCGACGUGGUGAGCACCUGCACACGCCACAUGCAGCAAUCAGUGCCAUCCGUCUGUCCCUCUCUCCCUCCUCCCCUGUUGCCUACGUGUGCGUCGUGCGGCACAAAUUACAAGUGGAAGACCUCUCCAUAGACAGACAGGGCGCAUUUCUCCCCCCUCCAAAAGGCCGAGUCGAAGGUGUCACAGAUCAAUGGGGCGGGGAAGAGCGGCGGCUGUCUGCUCAGCAGGUCAUAAACCGUCUUCUGCAUCACGUCCCAGCUCCUUGUGUCGCUUCUUCUGGGCCUUGGCCUGCUGCUUCUGCUUCUUGGCGUUGGCCGCCUUGCUGCUGCUGCUCGCCUCCUUCUUGCCCAUCGACGACUACGACAAAAUGAAUUGAUCGAACCGAC